AUGUAACCUUAUAUUACAUAUAUUUUCUUUAUUGGUAGAAAGAAUCAAAUCUAUAUGCUAAUUUUUAUGUAACGAAGAAAGGACGGAAAAGGUCAUAACAGUAAAAUAAAGUGAUAAGGCAUUCACGUAGACGUUCAAAUGUUUUUUGGUCCAAAUGUAAUGUUUUUUAAGCUCCACCCUCAAGUCACUUCUCAAUGUUACAUAUAUGCUUUUAAGGCGAAGGACUUUUCAAUUUAUCGCAGUCGUAUAGUUUUACUGAUAACGUGAAGUCAAGUUUCUUGGAAAUAUAUUAUAUAAACAUUAUAAUUUUUAAAUUAAAUGGAUACGCAUCAGAAUUUAUUUGCAGUUUUAUCUUAAAUGAGAACAAAACAUCUUUUAUUAUAUACAUAACGUGUAUAUAACAUGGAUACUAAUCAAGCUAGUGAAACUUUUGAUCCAAAGGAUCAUCAACACAUACGUUAUAAUCCCUUGAAAGGAGAAUGGGUGUUAGUAUCUCCACAUCGUAUGAAACGACCUUGGGGAGGUCAAGUAGAACCAAAUAUGGAUGAAGAACUUCCUGAUUAUGAUCCUCAUAAUCCACUUUGUCCAGGAAAUGUUAGAGCUAAUGGAGAGGUAACUCCUGUUUAUCAACAAACUUUUUCAUUUGUGAAUGAUUUUCCUGCAUUACUAGAAACAGUACCUUCGCCUCCAAAAUUCGAUGAUGAAUUGUUUCAAAUUGAAGCUGCUCGAGGAACAUGCAGGGUAAUGUGUUUUCAUCCCAAGUCAAACGUUACUAUAGCACUUAUGAAAGUUGACGAGAUCGAAGCAGUAAUUAAAAAAUGGAUAUCCGAAAUACUUGAUUUAGGUAAACAGUGGACCUGGGUUCAAAUAUUCGAAAAUCGUGGAGCAUUAAUGGGAUGUAGCAAUGCACAUCCUCAUUGUCAAAUUUGGUCUAGUUCCUUUUUACCAAAUGAAGCCAGAAUAAAAGACAAGUAUUUAGCUGAAUAUUAUAAUCGUAAUAAAAAGCCUCUUCUUAUCGAUUACAUGCAAAAAGAAAUUUUGAAAAAGGAGCGCAUUGUAUUAGAAAAUCACAAUUGGAUAGUAAUUGUACCAUUCUGGGCAGUAUGGCCUUAUGAGACCAUGGUACUUCCAAAGAAUCAAGUAACAAGAAUGCAGGAUUUAUCAAAAAGUCAACAAGAAUCAUUAGCAGUUAUAAUGAAACAAUUAUGCACAAGAUAUGAUAACUUAUUUCAGUGUUCUUUUCCAUAUUCUAUGGGAUGGCAUGGUGCUCCAACUGGUGAAUAUAUAAAGCAAGAUUAUCCAUAUUGGACAUUUCAUGGAAUUUACUUACCUCCGUUAUUGCGUUCAAGUACGAUAAAAAAACAUAUGGUUGGAUAUGAAUUACUUGCGCAAGUACAACGAGAUUUAACUCCGGAACAAGCAGCGAGCAAAUUAAGAAGUUUAAGUGAUAUCCAUUAUAGAUAUCCUGAAACAAGUUUAUCAGCAGAAGAAUUAGUAAAAUACAAUUGAAUAUCUUUCUCAUUACUUUUUUUGUAGUAGAUCUUUAUUUUAGAAAAAAUAAUAUUUGUAUAAAUUAUGUACAAACAUAUGCUCGUAUAAAUGAAACAAACCGUGGAAAUUAAAAAAUGUUUAUACAAUGUUAGUAACAUGUUUCGGUCAAUCUUUAAAAUACGCUUCAGUGAGGUGUGUUUAGAUCAUCUUUAUAGUAACAGAAUAACAGAAUAUAUCUUUAAUUAAUAAUUGAA